GCCUAUUGUCAGCCACUGUUACUGUCGGUGUCUGGACCCAAGGGCUUAACCAACCAGUGAAAUAAUGUUAUGUGUCCUUAACCCGGAUGGGUGAUACAAGAUGACACAAGUCUUUAUCCUGGUUCGGGCAAGAGAAGGCCCUACUUCUAGCAGAAGAGGGAUGAGACUUAUAUUACUUGCACCUAAGUGCUUGCAGUAGGGAAUACAAGCUGAGGGGGAGAUGGAAGAAUCCCAAGUCUCUAGGGUUGAUUGAAGCUAGUGCCAAUAUCGUAAUGGAGCAGAAAACCGUGAAGUGUUCGCUCGCCCUCCUGAUGCCGCAAACUAUCCUAUUUAUAGCCUUAUCAGGGGCUGCCUGGAGUACUGGAGUUGGCUCAAUACUGUGAGGCAUGUACUCUUGUCGUAUUGUACGUCCCAUCGGGAGUUGGUAGACGACAUGCAAACAGUGGUCGCAUGCGUAAUCAUAGUUGGUGAAGCUUGACAGGAUUGCGAUCUUGUUGCUCCUGUACACCUGCAACCCUGCAUGGGGUAGGUAUGCACAUUGAAUGUUGUUGUCCCCGGUGGACUUCAGCUAAGUCUCGCCCUAGGUUUGUCUUGCUUAACCGAGGUGGGCUCACGCGAGGCGGAGACCUCCGUUCUGGGGAGAGGGGACCUCGGCCGGGACAAGAAUUCUCUCGAGAACACACCCCGUCCGAGGGCAGGCUCGGGCGAGCCAGAGUUAUGGUGACCCCUGAGGGAGGCCUCAGGCAAAACAUGGCUUAUGAUCCUUCAUCUUUGGGGAACGUGCUUUGAUGGUGGUCUAUAGGUCACGCGUGCUUUAGGGGUGUAAUCUAGGUACCCUUAAUUACUAUACCCGACAGUUAUCGUUGACUCAAAAGUCGAUAAUAGUCAUGUUUCAUAUUUGCACCCCUUCUGUAUGAUAUGGCGUACCUCAAACCUAAAACCUAAUCAUUAAGCGAAAGAGGUGUUACCACCGAUAUUUCUAUGAAGAGAUUAAUCGGUAAGCUCUUCAUUAUAAUAGUUAAGCAGAAGCGAAGGUGUUACCAAUGAUAUUUCUAUGAAGACAUUAAUCGGUUAGAUCUUCACUAUAAAUACAGUCCACCUUCUUAUAAAAAGUUUUUAAGUUUCCCGUGAAUAUGUUAGUUGUAAAUUUACCAUCCACUUUUGUUCUUUCUCCUAUCCUCUUUUACGUUCCACCUUGAGGCAGGCAAGCACUCCAGCUUGGCAGGGUCAAAGUUGACGAACUUGGUAAUCCUCCCACACAAUGCAAGGAAGCGAUGAACUAGACAUGUACUACCUCACGUAAAAGGGUAUGUUUACAGUAGAACUAGAUGUUCAAUAACUCUUGAAACGAACCUAAGAAGAGCGUGCAUAUUACAAUCAUAGUGCAGUCUUAAUGGGCACACCUACCUGCUGAUCGUUGGAGUUUUUUUUUUGGGCAGCUGGUGACCUGGCCGUGUAUGUACGAAGGCCAUGGUACGUAGAGGCUCCAGCUAAAGCCAACAUGGCAGCCUGGCAGGGGCCAAGGGCAGGCCACAGAGGCAGCACAGCUCAGAGACCAUACGGUACAGUACGUAUAUGCAGGGAACUGCAGGUCUCUCGAUCAAUCUCUGGUACGAUACGUAUGGUAUCUAGAGCGUAGUACAACGCACUAGAAUAUUCAGAAGAGUUGCAUGUAGGUGCAGCCAAGCCACCCGAGCUGCUACUCUGCUCUUAGGCACGGCAGGCACAGGCAGGCUAAGGGCGGUGGACUAGGAUGUUGUUGGGUUUUCCGAUGCCGUGCGGCUGCUCUGCUCCUUGAUUCAUCCUGCAUGCCAUGACUUGUUCUUGACUGAAGACUACUAGUGACUAGUAGUACAGUAGGAGGAUGAGAGGCGAGGCGACCCGAGCAGAAGAAUAGUAGUACUCGGCAGGAGCAGCAGCAUCCAACAAAUGAAUCAAUCAUCGUUCCCCCCGCGCAACAGACACCCCAUCAUUACUCGUUACCAUAGUCCGUCCCUCCCCUGCCCCAGCCCUGCCUAUAAAACCCAGCGUCCAGGCGGCAGAGGUAGGCACACCAGCAGUGUCCAUCUGUCCAUGCGAGCACACACACAGCGGAGCAACAGCAACAACAUGAACGGGUUCUACUCUUCCAUGGCGCACGGGCUGGACGCGCUCCAGCGCAGCCCGCACGCUUGCCUGUCGGCGGCCUUCCUGCAGCAGGCGGCGGCGCUGCUGCGGUCCCUGCACUCGCAGCUGCUGCACCUGGUGCAGCGCCUCCACCUGCCGCCCGGCGAGAGUUGGCUGGACGAGUACAUGGACGAGACAUCCCGCCUGUGGGACGCCUGCCAGCUCGCCCGCGCGGGCGCCGCGGGGCUCGACACCUACUGCGCCGCCGCCGCCCGCGUCGCCCCCGCGCUCCGCGACUGGCUCUACGGCGGCAGCGGCGGCUCCCACGCCGCGGCCUCCGCGCGGCACCUCCAGCGCGCCAUCACCGCGCCCAGGCGCCACGCCGCCGCGCUCCACCAGGACAACCGCGCGCUCGCCGACGCCAGGCUCGACCCGGCCUCGCUCCUGCUCGACGACCGCUCCCCGCUCGAGUUCAAGCUCAACGCCUUCAACGGCUUCCGCGGCGUCCUCUACGCGCUGCGCAAUGCCACCUCCUUCCUCCUGAUCCUCCUCAUCUCCGGCACCGUCACCUGCCUCCCCGACCUCACAGCCGGCUGCUGCUCUGCGUCUGCCAACCACCACCAGCUCCGCGCCUCGGCGGGCGGCGGCUACGUCGCCUCCAUCGCCCGCCUGCGCCAGCGCGUCGUCGAGGAGAUGGAGGAAUGCAUCAUCGCUGGGGACCACCGCUCGCACUCGGCCGGGAUCAUGAUGCACGAGUUCCGCCAGGCCAGGGCCGCCAUCGACGGCCUCAAGCAGGACUUCGACAGGGCAGUCGCCAUGGGCGGCUACCGCGACGACAUCAGCGACAGCCUUGUCCAGAGAGCAGAGAUCAUCAAUGGCUGGGUUGGGAUGCUGCGAUCAGGCGCCGAGGCCGUCAUCGCUGAGCUCGAUGACUUCUUCGACGAGAUCGUCGAGGGCAGGAAGAUGCUCUCCGACCUCUGCAGCCAUCGCUAGCUUCUCCUUCCCUAGCCUAGCUAGCUUAUUAGUAGCUGAAACACUUCACGAUCAAAAAGAUGAGAUGAGUUGUUCAGAGGAAAGAACGGUUUCAGCAGGCAGGCACCUCCACUUCUUCUAUUCUAUGCCAUCCUAGUACUCCCUAGUAGAUACCGCUGCAACAAGAAGCUAACAAAUCUAGGCAACCCAAAAAAAGGUGCUUUUUGUUUGUUUUCCUCUCCUCCCCUUCUCUGUUUAAUGGCAGUGCAGUGCUAGCUAGCAACCGUUCUAGUAGGGUGUCCAUACCUUAAGUCAUGCAUGUAGAUGUAGCAGAAUCGUCAUCCUCUUUGUAUGCUUCCCAAUCUUCUUUGUAUGUUUCCCAAUCAACGGCGGUACUUCCACUUCCUAUCGCGUA